CGGCACGUGAGAAGCCGAUCUAUCUCUCCGAAAGGGUAUUGCUGUGUCUUUAGAUUGGAGAGAACUUUAUGUUUAUUAGGUGACUCACGAGUGUCGCUGUGAACACUUCUGAUAUUGUUUCCAAAAGAAUAAAUUCGACCAUUUGUACAAACUCGUUGGAGACCUGCUCAAACGCAUUGAGAAUCCGUCUUAUUUUUUCGGCUUGACUUGCAUAGGUCGAUUCAACUCUACUCAAUCCCGAAAACUUCUGUUAUAUGCUCCGCUACUAUGCACUCAUCUUUGAUUACACUCAUUCUUGCUCCAAGCAUCAUCGGGGUCUUGGCAGCUGAGCAGGCGCCCCUCACUGGCGACAACGGCAGCUGUCUUUCAUCCCCAAGCUACAAGUCAUGUUGCCCUACACAAACGUCUUCUGGAAAGGGUGUCAUCAGUGACAGCACAUUCGAAUAUACCUGUGCAUCCUGGCCAUCGAACUCUUACAAGGCUACGAUCAUAUCUCGUACGCCUGCUCAUUGCGCCCAGGCAUGCGCCCAGGAUCCGCAGUGUGUUGCAGCAGCCUGGAUCAAAGGGAAAUGUUAUAUAAGCACGAACGCUGCCUUUAAGCCCGUCACUAAUGAGAUGACCGAGUCCAUACUCCUCGUUAAGACGGACGAUGCUUUCGAUGGUUCCACAUCAGGCGGGGCUGGCCACCAGAACGCAGCCGAGUGCGAGAAAGAGAACGACGCCAUUCGGAGCCAGAUGACAUCUCAGUGCGACAGCGACAAGCAAAGGCUUCAGACUAGCUGCAAAGAUGAUGUCCGGAAGGCGGAGGAGAGUUGCAAUCAAGAAAAGACGGCACUUGAGACGAAGGUGGCCACGCUUGCACAGGAGAAAACGCAGUGCGAAGCCGACAAGGCGCGAGAGCUUACCGAUGCUAGAACGCAAUGCGAUGCAGAAAAGUCUCGAGAGCUUACCGAUGCCAAAACGCAGUGCGAUGCCUCGAAGUCCGCCAUCGAACAGCAACUACAACAAUGCCAAAAUCAACAAGGCCAGAGCCAGAACAAUCAGCAAGAGUCUCCGCAACAAGCCGAGUGCAAGAGCACGUCGUGGCAAGGCAUGUGUGGCAGCAGACAGUGCGCAGACAGAUUCUCCGUCGAUGGUGUCGAGUAUGAGCGAAAGUGCGGCGUUGCCACAGAUCGGGCAUAUGUAGAGGCUGCUUCUCUUGAUGAGAUAAGGACUGAGCAGCAAUUGCCCAAGGAAGAGGCUGUCAUGAGACUGAGGUAG